GCAGGACAAGCGCUGGACACACAAAAAAAGACAGCUGUGGCCCUGUUUUCUUUCUCGCCUUUUGUAGUUAGCGUGCAGUAAUGUGAUUAUUAGUCGUUCCUUGCCUUGCAGGUAAGAAACCGUGCUGUGUUCAAAUGACGAAAAUUUCAAUGGCUAGCAAAAACGGUGCGGCUCCUUUUGGACAACGCAGAACCCAGCGAACGUAGAUGACAUCGAACUUUGUUACUCUCAUUGAACACCAAAGAAACAACGCCAGAAACGCACGGCAGAUACGCCAAGCGUCAGCGUCCGUGCGAUCACGCGGGAAAGUCGGGGCUUUUUCAUGGCGAGCGGUGAUGCAAAGCCCCGAAAAAAAAAAAAAAAAAACGAACAUUCAAUUUUGCACUACACGCGACGGGCAAGACAAGGAAGCCUCCGUGCUCCUCAGAGCGUGCCCGCCGCCUUUGACGCAUCUCCGCGGUCUAGAGGGCCACAAGACGUUGAAUAAUUCACGGUGCUGCCAAUGUAGCGCGGUGUAGGUGCUCUCUGUUCCGACCAUUUUUCGAGACGUGCUCAAGGUCGGUGACGUACAGCGUUGACGACUCCGUCGACUGAGAACUAAGGGAUUCCUGUAAAGACGUGAUCGAAUCCAGAAGCAUGCAAAAAUAAAUAAUAAAAAUGGCUCAUCGAACAAUGACGUCUUGGCAAACUGCGUGAACAUCGUAAUGAUGCAAUCGAAUUCGAAAAGAAAAAAAAAAUGCACGCAACUUCGUUCUCUUUGAGCGUGUAUUGCAUGCUUCACCAACCGUGCGAGAACCGCUUGUAUUGUUAGAGGUCCCACGUCUGGGCAUGUGAAGAGAUCGAAGGUGGGCUCUUCUGAAUCAAGAUUCGUCGGGAAUCUAGGAUACCAUGCGCCUCCGGAUCUUCGACCUUGCCUUUCUUCUGAUCACCGCCGCAAUGGGCCCAAUCCAAGGGGAUGCGGAUGGUAUGAAGGAACUGCUCGCAAGGGUGGUCGAAGAGAAGAUAACGGAUCCGUACAGCAAGCAGCUCUUUAUGAGCAAGUAUUCAGAGAUGCGCGACUGCCUCUUGGACAUGGCAUCAAUGACACCGGAAGUUGCCGUGCAGGUCGUCAACCAGAUGGUACCACAACUAAACGACUGUGGGGCAAAACUGGCGUCUGAGCCCGACGACAAGAAGCCAGCCGUGUACGUAACCUGUACUCAGGACGCCGCUGCCGAAGUCAAGGCCAACAACGGAAUGAAUGAUGAGGACGGGAAGAUCUUCGUCGACGGAAUGGAGUGCCUGAAGAAGUCACUGGGCUUUUGACUCCUCCAGGAAAACGCUUUAAAUGGACAGCAUUGGUCCAAAAACGCGCAGCAAGAUGGAAUGAGAGGUGAUGCUGAGGAGAAAUUGGAGUAAACGCAUUUGUAGACCCAGAAAUCCUUCACUGUAAUGAAGUUCACAGGAACAACGCUUUGUCUUUUCAGAAACCUGCGGAAAACCCCUAACUUCUUCGACGUUGUUUCUGCGCUUACUUAAUCUCGCUUGUGUAGGUGGUCUACACGUUGCAGGUAACAAACCAGCAGAAUUUUCCACCGGAGCCACUGCAAAUGCAACGGUAGGAACAUCGACGUUACAAGUCUUCUACGCAAGUAGCAAAAGUUAUUUAGCAUCAGAGCAUAUAAGGCCACUGGAAAAAGAAAACUGACCCUUUCCUGUAGUUUUUCGGCAAGGGAAGGCGGUUAACACUGGUAUACAUAAAAAAAAAAAAGAACACGAGGGACUCAACCACUAGCAGUUGUCGCUGCAAAAACUCAUCAAACAUUUUAUACUUUAUACAUCACAACACUUCAGCCUAAGCACACUGGCCCUGUUCGGUAAAACAGAACAAAACAGUUUUGAAAUUAAUUCACAACUUAAGAGCACCCCGUACACAAUCUCCAUGUGAGCUUGCGUCAGUGAUGGCGCUUAAACUUGGUGGUGUUGAUCACAGGGUAAUAAAAUGGCAGCUCAUUUCCUGGGCGCAUGCUGGUGA